AUGGAGGUGCGGCACUGGGCAGGGGUCAGCGCGCUGGGCGGCGGCUGCGUGGACCGGGUCCUCGCGUGGAGAAGCCCUGCGCGUCUCUACGUGGCUUUGAUAGUAAAAAUCAUUUGGAAUGACAUCAUGGAUAAAGUAAUCUGUCUUGUCUUUACUGGACCUGGAAUUUUAGGAAAUGUACUAAUAUUUGUGGAGCUUGUAUGUAUUACUGUCACAGAGCCUGAGAAAAAGCCCAUAAACAUGAUCCUCAUUCACUUGACACUUUCAAAUGUACUCAUUAUUGGCAGCACAGUUUUCAGAGACGCGUGGACACUUUUUUAUUUCAGGAACUUCCUAGGUGAUGUUGGCUGUAAAGUUGUGGUUUUUCUGGGAAGGAUGGCCCGAGGCCUCUCCAUCUGCACCACCUGUCUCCUCAGCAUGGUCCAGGCUGUCACCAUCAACCCCAGGAUGACCCUGUGGAGAAAACUCAAACCACAGACUGCAGGACAGGUUCUUCUCUAUCUCCUCCUCUUUUGGAUCUUUAAUUCUCUGAUAAGCUCCAACCUGCUGUACUAUAUCACGUCAGACACGAGUAUGAACAGGUCUGGAGUUGGUACGUAUUCUUCAUAUUGCUAUCUGCUACCAUCUAGGCUAAUGGUGAGGUGGUUCUUUAUCUCUCUCAUGACUCUCCGGGAUGUCGUCUUCCAGAGUCUCAUGGGCUGGAGCAGUGCGUCCAUGGCUCUGCUCCUGUAUAAACAUCACAAGCGUGUCCUCUACCUUCAUAGCUCCAAGUGUGCAAAUAAUACCAGCCCAGAAAUCCGAGCCACACUGAGCACUCUCAUUCUCAUGACCUGUUUCCUUUUCUUUUAUUGGUUAGAUUUCAUCUUCUCCUUCUACUUGGGAUCCAUAGUAACAUAUGAUUAUAUACUCUCAGUGAUUAAAAUUUUUCUACAAUUUGGUUAUGCUGUUCUCAGCCCUUUUGUCCUGAUCAAUAGAGAUAUCCAUGCUGUAAAAUACUGGUGUGCUCACUAA